CCCGUUUUCCGCUCGCACUCCACACCUGCUCUCGCCUAAAUUUCUAAUCUGGUUUUGCAUAUUUAAGAGGACACACACACACACACACACACACACACACACACACACAACCUACAACCCGCGAGGUGCAAAACUGCCUCCUGCAACUACCGAAACUUACCAGCCGCUCUAGUUGUUUUUGUCUUAACGGGAGGACAACAAAGAUUUUUACUCCUGGUCCUCUUGCGGGGUGAUUUUUUUAUAGUAUUCAAAUAUGUAUAUAGUAUGCAUAUGUAUGUUUUUCCUUUUUCCCCUUUAAUUUAUUUUUAUUUAUUUUUCUUAGCAAGAAAAUCUGCUAGGUCCCAGGCAGCCGCCGCUGCCCCUUUGAUGUUUUGGUACGCCGUGCGCAUGCGCCUCACAUUAGAAUUACUGCACUGGGCAGACUAAGUUGGAUCUCCUCUCUUCAGUGAAGCCCUCAAUCCCAUCAAAAACUAAAGGGAUGUGGAGAGUUCGGAAAAAAGGCUGCUUUGGGAUCUGGCCAUUCCCCUUGCUAAUCGCCGCUGUCUGUGCGCAGAGUGUCAAUGAUCCUAGUAACAUGUCACUGGUUAAAGAGACGGUGGAUAGACUCCUGAAAGGCUAUGACAUUCGUCUGAGACCAGAUUUUGGAGGUCCCCCCGUGGCCGUGGGAAUGAAUAUUGACAUUGCCAGCAUCGAUAUGGUUUCCGAAGUCAAUAUGGAUUAUACGUUGACAAUGUAUUUUCAACAAGCCUGGAGAGAUAAGAGGCUGUCGUAUAAUGUCAUACCUUUAAACUUAACUCUGGACAACCGAGUCGCAGACCAGCUCUGGGUGCCUGACACCUACUUCCUGAAUGACAAGAAGUCGUUCGUGCACGGCGUGACCGUCAAGAACCGCAUGAUCCGCCUGCAUCCCGACGGCACCGUCCUCUACGGCCUCAGAAUCACAACCACAGCUGCCUGCAUGAUGGACCUCAGGCGGUACCCACUGGAUGAACAAAACUGCACCUUGGAAAUUGAAAGCUAUGGAUAUACCACUGACGACAUUGAGUUUUACUGGCGUGGGGAAGAUAAAGCAGUAACAGGAGUGACAAAGAUUGAACUUCCACAGUUCUCUAUUGUAGACUACAAACUCAUCACCAAGAAGGUUGUUUUCUCCACAGGUUCCUAUCCCAGGUUGUCCCUCAGUUUUAAGUUGAAGAGAAACAUUGGAUACUUUAUCCUGCAAACGUAUAUGCCUUCCAUCCUGAUCACUAUCCUCUCUUGGGUCUCCUUCUGGAUUAAUUACGAUGCUUCAGCUGCAAGAGUGGCAUUAGGAAUUACAACUGUCCUUACAAUGACCACCAUCAACACUCACCUCCGGGAAACUCUCCCUAAAAUCCCCUACGUGAAGGCCAUUGACAUGUACCUGAUGGGGUGCUUUGUCUUUGUUUUUAUGGCCCUUCUGGAAUAUGCUUUGGUCAACUACAUCUUCUUUGGGAGGGGACCCCAACGCCAAAAGAAAGCAGCCGAGAAGGCGAGCGCCAACAGUGAGAAGAUGCGCCUGGAUGUCAACAAGAUGGACCCCCACGAGAACAUCUUACUGAGCACUCUAGAGAUAAAAAAUGAAAUGGCCACAUCUGAGGCUGUGAUGGGACUUGGCGACCCCAGGAGCACAAUGCUGGCUUACGACGCGGCCAACAUCCAGUAUCGGAAAGCCGGGCUGCCCAGGCAUACUUUUGGCCGAAACGCCCUGGAACGACACGUGGCGCAGAAGAAAAGCCGCCUGCGGAGACGCGCCUCCCAGCUGAAAAUCACCAUCCCCGACUUGACUGAUGUGAAUGCCAUAGACCGGUGGUCCCGCAUUUUCUUCCCAGUGGUUUUUUCCUUCUUCAACGUCGUCUAUUGGCUUUACUAUGUGAACUAAAACAUAGCCUCCCUCGGGAAGCAAGGACUAGACGCCUCCUCAAACCAGUUGUACAGCCUGACGUAGGACUUGGAGAACACAUCAAUCCGGGACAAAAGUGAUGCUAAAAUACCUUAGUUGCUGGCCUAUCCUGUGGUCCAUUUCAUACCAUUUGGGUUGCUUCUGCUAAGUAAUGAGUACACUAAGGGCCUUGUGAUUUUGCCGUUAAAAUGCAAGUGAUUUGUACACAUGCUGGCAAGACUGAGUCUGAGUGUUCCACUUCAUCUGCUUAGUGCGCAACCGACACGGAGGGGAAUUUAUUUAGAAGGUAUUCUUAGAAGGCUCGAUAGCACUAUCAGUCAUGUCUCUGAGAAGUCAUAUCCAGGUAUUCCCAUCUUCCUUCCUAAGGGUGGCAUGCUGCUGAGAGGACACCAUGCUUAGGAAACAUUAUCCUCAAUGUCAUGCGAACAUGCUUACAGAAGAUGGUCUCUGCCCAUCUUAUUAAGGCGAUAAUGGUGCCCUGGGAUGAAAAUUCCCACUGGAUUCUAGAAGGUUCUCAUGUAGUUCAAACAAGAUGUGGGGAGUCAAGACAGAGAUUCAGGAAGCCAAGUUGGUCAGUUUCAGAUUGCUUGAGCACUGGGAAUCAACUAUGACGUCUUCCAUUUUGGCAUGUAGAGCCCAGGAGAAUUCUAAACGUUAUCAUGCACGAUGACCAAAGAAACUUUUCUAAAACUCUAUUCCCUAGGUGGUUAAAAGAAGAGUUAAAAACCCAGAGCAGAGUGGGAAAUCCAGAAAUGACUGUUGGAACAAAAUUGAAGCAAGCAAGUAUCAUGACCCUUAUCAAUCCACACAGCUUCUGGUUUAUACAUAUUAUGGUCAGUGGCAAAGGUAGAAAGAGAGAUUUUUUUUGUUCCAACUUCACAAGCUUUCGAAAGCAUGCCUAUACAGGCUUAUAUAGUUUAUUUAAUUAAAAGACACCCACAAAAGAGAAAAGUUAGCCAAAUUAGCAUCAUCUUAGAUGCAGGUUAGGUUGAGAGUUAUCAAAUAUGUGAAUAUAAAGUGCAACCAGGUUGCUAUUCUCACACUACAUCAGCUGUCUCUGCAACAUUUUUCCCUAUAAGUUCAUUUCUGACUUUAAUAGGGUAUUUCCAAAGAGGGAUUUGUUCACUUAUUUAAAGAAUUAAUGUUCCUUUCCAGCUUUCUUGCUUCUGAAAUUCUGAUUAUAUUCUUAGGAGACAGAAGCAGUAAGGCUUUGGAGAGAUUGAGUGAACUCUAUUUCCUUAUGUGCAAUGAAAUUCACCUUGCUAUUUUUCAUAGCAAACAAUACUUCAAAGAUUAUGUGCACCAGUAGAGCUAGUUUGUGGGUUUAUUAGGUUUUAUUUUUUUAAGGUUGCUUUCAUUGUGUAUGUUGCAAUCUCCUCAGUCAAGGAAAAUAUGAUAAGAGUGGAAAAUAGGAUAACAAAGCCACAUUAACUGAUGAAGGAUAUGGACCUCAGUUGAUACUGCAGAAAAAUGUCUAACUGAUAAUCAGGUAGGCACGAUGUAUUGUUUUAUUCCAUUUUUAAAUUGUCAUUGUACUUCGUUCUAUACCAAUUAGACAAAUGCAUUCAUAUGUUGGGCAGUAAGAAGAGUAAGCUAAUAUAUUUUUAUUUCUAUUCAUGUGAGGUUUAUGUGUUGCUUUUUUCAUUGAGAAAAUAGUGAACUGCUUAAUUUUCCGUAAAGUUUGAUUUGAUUGAACUUCUCUUUGGAGCAUGACUUUGCUAUGUAUUUAAAAAACAAAAACCACUUCUUUUCAGAGUAACAUUUCCUAAUUUUGCAUAAUAGCCAAGAUCAUUAUCUGACUGUGGAUAAAUAUUAUGCUUUUCCCCCCUGAUGAUUUAGCUGCUUGGAAUAGGGUAGGUCCUAUUGUCCUUCUAUUUCAAGUAUCUGACAAGAAGAAGGAAAAAAAGUUUAGUACUUAGCCUUCUGAAUUUGGCUCAAGAUUAGAUGGUAUUUUUCUCCCCACCUGUAUCAGGGACUGUGGCCCUUAUUUCUUGAUUAUACACUUGAACACCUCUGAGUAUGAUCUGUGGGCAGAAUCCAUCCAAGCUUCCGCCCAUGGGCUCAGAGUAGAGAUUCUUUAAGCUUCUCCAGGGACACACUUCCACGUAGGCAGCAAUCUGGGGGCACCACACUAAUAAAAGUGCCUGCCCCUUGUCACCAGGGGUUAGUCUGAAUAGCAUAUAUCAGGAAGGAGUAUAUUAAUAACUCAGGUGCACAACUCCAACAUGCCAUUCUGGAAUGGUUUUUCUAGAGACAACCCUGAGCCCAAGUCAAGAAGUGGGCUCUUAUUUGUAAUUAUUGUAAAAGCCAUAAAAAUCCUUGGUAUUGUCACGUAACAAAUAUUUGAUAUCUGAAGAAGUCAACAGAGUAAUCUAGGUCAGAGUGGAGAGAAGCAACCUCUCAGCAUGAGCGUCAAAAGCAUAUAACCAGGGAUUCAUUUCUACCCCCAGUGAUAAGCAGAAACUGGAAAAGGAGAAAAGAUGGAAACUGGAACAGAUGCCCUAGAGCAGAAUCCAUAUGUUGGCAUUCAAUAACCACGUAGUUAGAAACAACUGACUCAUCUUGCCCAGAGGUAACAAAUGGUAGAUAUAAAAUUUAUUCUUCAACUAUAUGUUUACUGUGGUUGAAUUGGUUUGAGAGGAGGGGGUCGGGGAAGGGUGUUAGAUCUUACAAGUCCACAAAGACCAGUCAGCUUGAUAUCCAGUGGUUAAAAUUAGGGACCACGAAAGUGUGUUUUGGCAAUUCUGAUAUGCUAUUACUAUCAGCUUAUACAUUUAUGUACAGGUUUUUUUAAAUUAUAAAACAGCCAGAUAGCCAGCGAUUAAGGUGUUUUUUCAUCUUUGUGAUAUUCAUAGGCGAAUUCUGACUCUAAAAUUCACAGUCGAAAUGAAAUCUUUGAUCUCAAUCUGUAUAUAUAUACAUAUUGUACAUGACUGCUAGUAGGUAUGAAAUGCAUUUUCAGAACUGAAAACUCAUGCAACAACAUCAUGUGUUUGCAUAGGGAAUGUUACAGUUCUUUCCACUACAGUUUUACUAACGGGAAAGACAUAAGAUAAGCAGUGCUGUCUAGACAUUUCCUCUUCUCAUUUCUUCAAAAGCAGUGCUCGGUUAAAAAAAAUAAAUAAAAUAAUAAUAAUAAUAGUUUAUGAACCAAAAGACUUUACAUUGUAGCUUUAGUAACAACAAAGAUAUCUGUCAGCUUAAAAAAGCACAACACAUAGAGAAAUUUCAGUAGAAAGCAUAAAGGAGAAAUGAAUCAUGCUUAUUUUAAGCCAGACCUGCAUUAAAUUGGCAACUCACCCAAUUUUCAUUUUCUAUAGAUAACUGUGUUCCAGUCUUAUGAUUAACUUCAUACUCAACAACAAAAACAACCAAGCAAUCAACAAACAACAGGUCAUACAACAGUGUACAUGUAUAUAUGUAUAUAGAGAGAUCCAUAUAAAUAUACAUGCAUAUAUAUGCAUUCAUACAUUGGAAAACAAAAGGAAUAAGCUAAUAUCUUUUAUUUCCUUCAUUCAACCAGUGUAUGAGUGCUUUUAACUUGGCAACACAAAUCCACAUAUUGAAACAAGUGAUACAGGGUACUGAGCAUUUCUCUAUCAGCAAAUAAUGCCUACUGUUCUUAGGAACCAUUGCACAAUCCGACACUACAAUAGUGCUGUACCUCAGAACAUUGGAAAGUCACUAGCUCUCGCAUUGCUUGUCUACUUGCUCUUUUUCAAGGAAACAAAUAACAUUAUCCAUUGGUCAUUUAAAAACAAAAAUGUCUUAAGAAAACAGAAAAUGAUUUUUAAAAAUCCUUCCAGGAGGAGGAAAAAAAAUAACUAAACCUCACCAUGUUGGUUAGGGAAAAUAUCUCAACUGUAGCAAUCAUGCCAUUUUGCUAAGUGUACAGAGUCUACGUAAUGUGAGCAACCAUAACUUUCGCUGAGUGUGUGUAAAUAUUAAAACGGAUUUCUUAAAUAUUUUUAACUUCUAAUUUGUAUUUUAUGGUAAGGCAGUGUGAGAAUUCUGUUUAUGGCUUAUGUUGAUGUGUUAUAAUAGACUGUAAAUAAUUAAAUAUGCUGUAAAUCAAUAGUCAAUAGAUACAAAUAAUUAUGUCAUUUUUUUCUCAAUUUUUAUUUCUUUUUUACUAAGUACAGUUACUGCAGUGCCCCAACAGAGUAAUUGAAACAUCCUUUUUGCAUAAAUGGUUUGGGAUCCCAGAUAGAAGGAUUUCAGUUUGAUAACACACACACAUGCUCACUCACACACACCUGCACACACUCACUCAUAGACUCAUACAUAUCUACACAUACACACUCUCAGUCACACACAUCUACACACACACACUUGCUCACACACACACAUGCAUCUACCCACACAUUCAAACACAAUAUUCUUUCCUUUGCCCACUCACUCCCACUUUUACUCCCUCUAUGGGAAACACACAGUAUUCAUGUAGUGAAUGUAACAAACCAAGAGAGAGCCUUAGAAAUGGCAAUUGGGAAAAGCAGAAAUCAUCAUCAUUUACUUGAAAGGGUUUUUAUGUGUCAGAAUUCAAGAAACCAAAGGUUGUAACUUACAUGUCAAUUUUCAAAGAGUAAAAGUUUCUAUUGACAGCACUACAGGAAAUAAAAUUGCUUAUGAUGCAUAACUGCUUCAGAAAUUUGUUACACACAAUACAUCCUAGAAGACCUUUUUUUUUAAUAAUAGCAUUUUGUCCUUAGAUAGUAUCCUUUCUUUCAACCAAAGACUCCAGUUAUUAAAAAACAAAAAAGGAAAGAAAAAAUGAAAAAUGAGGGAAAAUAAAAAAAAGACACUGCUUUACACCAAAGGUAUGAACACAAUUUUCCAAGUACACUAGGAACAUUGUCAAAAAUAGUAAAGAGCCAACAUAAUGCUAAUUAAGAUAUUACCCUAAAGAAAUCACUUAAGAAAAAAUACAUAAAAGCAGCAGUACUCUUAAAUAUCUGUUGUUAUUUGAAUAGGGAAGUAAAACAUUUCUAUAGAUAUUUUGCGCAAAAUUGUGACAUCAGAUAUUAAUUUGCGCAAAAUUGUGAUAGCAGAUAUUAAUUUGCUUUGAGAAGUUCUUUUGUGACAACUAUGAUCCAAAAUGAUGAAAAACAAAACUUUGUGUUUUUUAACUUUCAAAAGCAAAUGUCUCUCUCCUGUCUCAUGUCCACUAAGUCGAUGCCCAUGUGUGUGUCCUUGCACUGUUUUUCCCUUUGAGGUUCAGUAAUUUGUGUUCACCCACACUCCUUUUUAACAUAAUUCAAAGUUGCAAAUAAUUUAAGUUCCAUAACAUUUUUUUAAUUUUUAUUUGCAUGGGUGUUUAAAUAGUUUUGUUAUGAAUAUUGUCCCUGCGCAGUUCUGAAUUGUCCUUUUAUAAAAAGUGAUAUUCUAGUUCCUUCACAAUGUAGUGUCUAUCGCCUUACUAUUUACCUUGUAGCCUUUCUUAAUAUGCACAUAAUGCAGAUUUUCCAAUGGCUAGGAAAUGCAAACCACAAGUGGAUAUCAUCACAUCUAUUUUUCAUGUCUUUCUAAAAACAGGACUACUAACAUCUCUGGGAUACAUGAGAUAGUAACAAAUGAGGAUUAUAAAUGAGUAGCACAUAAGAAUUAUUUUCUUGAAUUUAAACUUAUUACAGUCAGUUUCAGCAUGUAAAUAUAUAAUAAUGUUGGCUAGUGUGUAAUUCUUGAACUAAAAAAUAUAAAUAAAACUUGAAAGGAUG